AUGAGCGAGAUAAAAGGCAACCCUGUAGUCGAAUCUUCGCCUUUACCCGAGAGGGUUGAAAAGAUUCUUGAUGGUUUCCGAGAGUCUAAAGCCACGUUUGCAGCUUGCGAUUUUGGGAUCUUCGACAAACUAAACAAUUCAUCGUCGCCGCAAUCAGCCAAAGAAAUCACGGAGAUGCUGUCCUCUGAUUUAGACGCCACUACACGACUCUUGGAUACCCUUGUUGCUUUGGAAUUCUUAGAUAAGUCGAAGCAGGGCGAUCAGUGGCUGUAUAAGAACACAGAAAUAGCCUCUAAGUUUUUGACAACUUCAAGUCCUGAUUCUCAACUUGGCACAAUAAGUCUCUUUAACAAGAUUCUAUACCCUCUUCAGGGUUCCUUGGAGAGUGCAGUCCUCGAUGGAAACAUUCAGUGGAUGAAGGCAUUUGGAAAGUCGCCUGAAGACAUAUUUCGUGAAACAGUUAACAGCACUGAGGAAGACAGCUUACGUUUCAAUAAAGGAAUGCAUAGUAUGGCCUUCUCUGCAAGCUAUGCAGUUGCUAAAGCCGUCGAUUUAAGCGCUUUUAACAACUGCUGUGAUUUAGGAGGUAAGUCAGAUUUCAAGCCAGAUAUUUUUUGUUUUAGGGCAAGAAUUUCAUUGUUAUUUUAGACAACCUUAGUAAAAAUUAGUAUGAUGGUGCGCCGGGGUUCUUGCUCAACUAACCUGCGCUUGUCCCAGGGGCUUUAAUUUGGACCGAGACUGGUGUCCAAUGCAUAAAAUUUUAAUCAAGAUAAGUAAUAUUUGUCCAUGCACAUACCACCCUGCAAGAGUAGCCACAGGAAGCCCAGGCUGAUGAUUGGGGAAGCAGCGGCAUUGAAUAAACAGUUCUCUGUCAACAUAAUUUCAAAAUUUCCAAUAAUUUUCUUUCUUUUUUCUUUCCAUGACAUAUCCAGGAGGAGUAGGAACUCUUGCUUAUGCGUUGUGUCAGUACAAUCCUCAAAUGAAGAUAACAGUCUGUGACCUGCAGCCUGUUGUCAGCUUAGCUCAUCACUUCCGACCAUCAGUAGAGGAUUGUCCCAAUCAAGUUAACGUCUCUUUCAUGAUAGGCGAUUUCUUCAAGCCUGAAACUUUACCAAAGGCUGAUUUGUAUGUGCUGUCUCGCAUUCUUCAUGACUGGCCAGAAGAAAAAGUUGAACUGAUUCUUGACAACGUCUUCAAUUGUUUGCCCUCAGGUAAGACAGAAAACACUGCAGCUAAUAUAGAGAGCCUAGCAACUUUCACCAAUGAUCCGCGAAACACCUUUUUGUUCCACGAAACAUCGCAUUGCACCUUGUCUAUGACCCAGGACGCCAUUCAAACCCACCAGUAUUAAUUUUGUAUACCAGUUGUUCCGUAAAAAGGGGCUUACUGAAAACUAAGAGCAAUAGCAUUAAAGCACAUUUCUCUCAGAGAAACUUGAUGGUAAGUGACACACGUAGAUGCCAACAACGCCGCAAGGCCUGGCCAGGACCUUUCGCAAUCUCUCCAUAUCACUCGACAGCACAUUCCAGUGGUUCAGAUAGUUGGAAGCUGCGCGAAGUAAAACGGGGCGCGAAAAAAAUUAAAACAAGUGAGGGGGAGAAAGGUGAUAGGAGGAGCCUCGCCGCUCUCCCCAGCCCCCCUCUUUUUUUCCUUCGCGCCGCUUCCGAUUAUCUGAACGCCUGCAACAGGCUAACCAUCCGGACAGUAUGGCGGCUGUAAACAGUUGCUUCACCCCAACCUUGGUUGGAGCUGUUGGUUGGGAACCACAUGACAGUUCUCCUAUGCAUGGAUUACGCUGGAAAGGUGGAUCAGCGUUGUUGCCGAUCAACCCACAGCCUGACGACCAGUACCUGAUCAGUGUUGGUCGCAAAUUGCUAAUUUUUUUGCUUACUAAGCACCACCUGAUCUUAUGCUUAAUACUAAAGCAACUGCAAUAGUUGUGUUUUCUGAAUUGAUCUUUCGAUCCGUGUGUCAGUAAAUUAAAGGCCUGUCUGUCCGUUUGGGGAAGUUGUAAAUUAUGUAGGAUUAUUGGAUGAGAUUUUUAGAGUUCAAAAAACAUGUGCGCGCAUUAUACUAGAUGCUCCUUUUCAGGCUUGAACCCUGCCACUAUUUCUGGAACUGGGGUAGCUACCCAUCGAUCAAAUCUGCAUUGAAAGAAGACUCGCUCUGUUAAAAAAAAAAAUCUUGGAUGGACGUGCACCGGAUUACCUCUCUGAGAAACUGUUAUCUUUAAAACAUCACAAAUCACAUGAUAAAAGGGUCUCGGUUGCCUUAUCGUCUUUCUAUUCCACGUACCAACGACAUGAGGCGAAUGCUCUUUUAUAAUGCAAUUAAACUGUGGAAUAAUGUCAGUGACAAUGAUGUAGUCCGCUCUUCUUAAAUUCAAAUCCAGUUAUGAAUAAAUUCACGCCUGGCAGCUUUUUUUUUUUUCGCUUUUUAGAUGACUUAUUUUUUUCAUAAUUUAUUACCUUAAAGUACUUUAGUUUUUUAAUCAUGUGUAAAUUCGAGUAAAUUUCGCCUGAGCGCUUCAGAAUCGACAGAACGUUUUUAGCUUUCUUAAACUUGAUAUUUACAUUAUUCAUUACCUUAGUAUUUAAGGAGUUUAGUUUUUUAGUAGUUUCAUAGGGCCAUAAGGGAGAAUUAUGCACCCUAUUGAAAUAAAGUGUCAUUCAUUUAUUGGUUUUUAUGAGGUGAGCCAGCCCGAUUAGCCGGGCUGACCCGCUAUACCAGCCUGGCUCGGCUCAUGCCUUAUUUCUUCAUAAAAUUGUCGUUGUAUUUAUAUGAGAAGGAGGGCUAGCCCCCUUGCCGAGAUCCCGGUUCCUCGAUCGAGCCGACAUCUCGGCAUGAGGGCCACACAACAGCAAUUUUACGAGGAAAUAAGGCGUGAGCCGGGACAGCCCAGUAAAGCAGGCCAGCCUGGCUCACCUCAUAUACACACUUCAGCCCUUUAUAUCAGAGAACUCUAAAUCCUACUACGGCCUGGUCAGAGCCUUUCAUCCAAAUUUCGACAGACGUAUAUGCUAGACAGUUUUUUCUUUAGUAAACUUAACACUAAAGAAACGAUGGUCGUGUCCUCGGAAUACCCGAAAACGUUUUGAUUACGCGUCUUUUAACCAUGUAUUUACCUUUAUUAAAUAAUACAUAGGUAGCGUUUAAAGUAAGUAUAAGUAAGAAAAAACCAAGAAUAUCGAAAUUUGUGGUGACAACGCCUUUUGUCUUUAAUGUUUGUUUGUUAGGUGGGGGACUUCUUAUUUGCGAGAAGAUUUUAGAUGAAGACAAACGAGGCCCGAAGCGUGCUCUUCUUGAGUCACUUACCAUGUUGGUUGCUACGGGAGGAAAAGAACGAACAGCAUCUGAAUACAAACAUAUCCUCGACAAGCAUGGAUUUAUAGUAACUCAAAUUAAACAGUUAGAUCAGUCUUUAUUUAUGGAUGCCAUGUUAUGCAUAAAGAAGUAA